CCUUGAGAGUGAUCAGAUAUAUUUAAGAAGCAUUGAUUGUCAAUGACCUCGGGCAUCUGUACUUGCUAUAUUGUGAGGCCUAUGGGAACGUUUGAACUCAAAGAAGGCGUAAAAACACACCUGGCGUUCAAAUCGGUGGACUCGAGCGAUUCAGUACAAGUCCUGUCAUUUCUGCUGUCACUAACGUGUGAUCCCGCACACCAAUAUAACACAGGCUUACACCAGAAGGGACAAUUAUUUAUCACCGCUAUCCUCAAUAAUUUUGCGUUUUUAUGUAUAUAUUUAUGAUUGCAUAACCAAAACAUUAGCAGGUAAACAAACCGGUGAUGUAAAAAAUCGUACUUCCAACACUAAAGGCUGAACCAAAUAGAAAUAUUUACAUUUGAUUACGAUUUUCAGAGAAAAUUUUGCUUGACGUUUUAAUGAAAGUGGAGCAGAUGCUCGUGUGUCCCGUGCAAGCCUUCCCCACAGUGUUUUCUGAAACCUGGACAAAAUGUGACAACAUACUGGACAAGAUAUCUUAGAGCUGGGUGCUUGCGAAAAAAAGACAUCUGUUCGUCAUGGGCAGCGUGGUUAAAAGCGGAACUGCGACAAGCGUGUAUCAGACAUCCAACAGUGGGCACAGCGUUGCAUAUUUAUAAGCAGUUAAUAAUUAAAGAGCUUUAUGUAGCUCUACAAAACAUCCGAGGUCUGAUAGCUCUGUGAUAUUUGAGGGCACGUCUUUCUUUCUCUCUUUCUUUGGCGGUUGUAAGCUUUUAUUUAAUUGCUUUAUUUAAAUUCCUAGCUGAUUUUUGUGUGUGUUAGGUGCCCUUUAAUCUCCGUUUGCAUACCCAGGUGGGUGGCUUGUGUUUUUACCUGUUUAUAAUCUGAAUUAUGCGCUAGCCUAAACAUGACAGUGAAGCAUUUUUGCACAUUAAAAAAAAAGAAAGAAAGAAAAAAUAACACUUUUAAGCACUUUAGAAAUAUGCAGUCCAGUAAUAAGCAGGCUGGAGGUCACAGUACAGCCACAUGAUGUUGACGUCUCCUUCUUUUCUCGUCCGCACAACAGGCACCACGGAUGUAAAAGAGAGAAAAGAGGACUCGAAGCCCAUUGAAGACGAGACACAAACUAAAAUCAAACAGAGGAGAAGUCGGACUAACUUCACAUUAGAGCAGCUCAAUGAGCUGGAGCGGCUCUUCGACGAAACCCACUACCCGGACGCCUUCAUGCGGGAGGAGCUUAGCCAGCGACUCGGACUGUCGGAGGCCCGAGUACAGGUUUGGUUCCAGAACAGAAGAGCCAAAUGCAGAAAGCAGGAAAACCAAUUACAUAAAGGAGUCCUGAUUGGAGCAGCGAAUCAGUUUGAAGCCUGUCGUGUAGCGCCAUAUGUCAACGUGGGGGCUUUACGGAUGCCAUUCCAACAGGAUAGUCAUUGCAACGUGCCGCCCUUCUCCUUUCAGGUGCAGGCGCAGCUACAGCUGGACAGCGCCGUGGCGCACGCGCAACACCACCUGCACUCUCACCUGGCGGCGCACGCGCCCUACAUGAUGUUCCCUGCGCCGCCGUUCGGCCUCCCCCUGGCGACGCUCGCGGCAGAGUCAGCCUCCGCCGCCUCCGUCGUGGCCGCCGCCGCCGCCGCCAAGAACACCAGCAAAAACUCAAGCAUCGCCGACCUAAGACUGAAGGCCAAAAAGCACACGGCCGCGUUGGGACUGUGACCCCUCCUCCCUCUCCCCCCUUCCACUCUACUCCACUUCCCUCACCUCCCCUUCCCCCAGAGAGACGUUACAGGACACGAGGCGCGGACGCACUACGGAACUUGCGACUGAGAGACACUGAACUUUAACGCUUAUAAAGUGUGCGGGAAAAAAUAAUCCAAGGACAAAGUGAGAAAAAAAAUUAUCCGUGGACGUUAUUUAUGUUUUUAAAACGAAGGACAACGAACAUGACUAUUAAAUAUAGGCUAUUUAUGAGAAAAAUAAAAGGGGACUGUGACGUUAUAGCCUACCCAGACGUGGUUUUUGACGCCAAAAAACAAAAACAAAACAAACAGACAAACAAACAAACAGAAAAAGAUUUUAAAAAUACAACAAAAAAAAAAAAUAUUGGCGGAUGGGGUGGAUAGCAAGGCUAUACCCACCGCCUUCUCUCAGCAGCCACACGGCUGAGGAGGCCGGCGGGACACCUCGAGGAGCA